GGAGCGUUGAGCGGCUGGACGGCGGCCGCCAGUUCCUGCAGCUUUCCGGGAGCGUAGUCUACCUCUUUGCAUCAGCAACGCGCACUCCCCGUUUCUCUCCAUCUCGACGCGUGGUAAUCUCCGCCCGGCUCCGUUUUUCCGAGUAAAUUUUGAGAAAAAGACAAAAAAGAGCCACAGCAGAGUUGUUUAGGCUGGUGAAAAGUAAGAUAAUUCGAUAAAGAUGGUUAAACUUGGGAGUAAUCUACACGACAAAGGAGCUAAACCAGUGAGCGUCGAGGACGGAUUUCAAAACGUUCCUCUCAUCACGCCCUUGGACGUCAGUAAUCUUCAGUACCAAGCGCCAGACAAGGUGGUGGUGAAGACGCGAUCCGAAUACCAGACGGAGCAAAAGAACAAGGCCAAGCUGCCCAAGGUGGAGGAGUUCACCAUCAGCUUCACCGACAGCGCAUCGGAGAGACUGAAGGUCACUAUCCUUAUUGUUCUGGCCUUGGCGUUCCUUGCUUGCAUAGUGUUCUUGGUGGUGUAUAAGGCCUUUACUUAUGACCACACCUGCCCGGAUGGCUUUGUGUACAAGCACAAACGUUGCAUCCCAGCCUCCUUGGAGGCCUACUAUUCGGCCCAGGAUGGCAACUCCCGUGGCCGCUUUUACACCGUCAUCAGCCACUACAGCAUGGCCAAGCAGACCACCUCUCGCUCCGUCUCACCCUGGCUCCCGGCUGCCGGUGCCCAGCAUGACGCCAAGCCUCCCAACACUGACAGCCAAUGAGGGCACUACUGCUCACCGAAUGGGUGUCGCCGGACCUGCCUCCUUUCCACCUGAGUCCCCUGCUGUUCUCCGUUUUUGUCCUCUCCUGCUUUCUCUCUUUUUAUUUAUAUAGAUCUUCACAUGUAUGACGAUUUAUUUAUGACUAUUUAUUUUUAUUGUACAAUUCCUGUUUCUUUUGUAUUUAAUAUCAGACAGUUGUUUGUACAAAGGCAUGACUUGUCCGAAAUGUUUUUCCCACACUGUCUGUGAGUGUCACUGACUCAUCUCAAACAACAGCUCUGUAAGCAACCCUUGUAGUUAGGUGACUGUUCAAUUCAUUGUGAAAGGCAUGAUGCAAAUAAGGGAAACUUCGUCAGUUAUUUUGAAACAUACAGUUUCUGUGAUUUUAUGUCAAGAUACUUGUAAAACUCAUUUUUAUGUGGGAUAUAUUAAUAACAAUAAUAACCUAAAUAUGAUAUUACCAUAGACUGGUGACUGAGUACAUGGUAAAUGUAUGUUAUGGUUCCUCCUUUGAGCCCAAAUGUAAAUAGCUCAUGAGCAGAAAUAGACCCAUUAUGUGUAUGGCCAUAAGACACCUUGUAAGAUGAUCAAUGUUUUUCAUUGGAUUAUCAGUGGCCUUCUGAGCUUUGCAUUAUGCUUUAGCCAGCAGUCUAUCUUCAACCUAUAGAGAAUAAUCCAGGGCCCAGAAAAACCUUGGAUGUUGGGAUGAUUAUGGCAGAACCCUUUGCCAAAGCUCAAUUUUCUGCCUAGUUUAGUCACAGACCUGCGCCAUUACCAUUUUUAUAUCUGUUGUCAGAAAAGAUUUUGAACUCGUGCUGUUGUUAGUUGAUAUGUAGCACAGCCUUGGGUAUUUUUGACUGUGUAUCCUUUAGGUUUAAACAAUAAAAGAUAUACAAGACAUUA